AUGAAAUGUUGCCAACAUUUUGGAGAUCGCUGCAUGAUAUCAUUGAAAUCAAGGGUUUUGAUUUGUUUUGCUUUGUUUAGUCGCUUAGCAUAUGAUAUCUGCAUCGAAUUAUCAUGGAUUUGAAUUCGCUGAUUUGUUUUCCAGCUUUUUGUUUAAAGUUUUUACUUUAAACAAUUUACUUUACUUUACUUUUAAAGUUUCCAGCUUUUUGUUUUUAGAUUUUACAGAUAAGAUUAUCUGAGGUAAAUGGGUUCACAUUAUUUCAUUAAAAAUAUUCUUUAAAUUUAUGAAAGUAAAUUCAUUCAACUUUCAUUUAAACUAACUGAAUCAAGAUGAAAAGAUGUGAAUUGUCCAGUUUUGGGUUUGGUUCAGAGGAUUUUGAAAGCGAUCCUUAUAUCACAUCAGAAAGAUGUCUGGAGAAAUGGACGAAGAGAAACAAUGUAAAAGAAAGCAGUCAGUUAAAGACUAUGCAUCCAAAGUGUUAAGAGAAUCUUCUGUCAGUGCUGUUUCUGCAAUAGUCUCAACCGGCAACAUUAAAAAGAAGAUUUUUCGAGUCUUUGUAUUUCUUAUCUUCACUGCCGGAUUUCUCUACCAAUGCAUCAAAUUCUUGUAUUACGUUCUGCAGUAUCCUACAAUUGUUAGUAUUGAAAUGGAGAGAUCAGAUAGAUAUUUAGCACCUGCUUUCACAUUUUGUAACUUCAAUCCAGUAAAAAGAAGUAAGUUUUGUUCGAAACAUCCAGACAGAUGCUUUGAACCUGAUGAAGAAUUUUGUGAAGCAUAUCCGAAACUUUGUGUUGAAAAUAAUACAAAGGUACCAUUAGGGGAUAUUUCUGAAUAUUUAAAAGAACCCAAAGAUGUUAUGGAAUUAAUUCAUGACUGGGAAGAGAUACUUGAAUAUGCAUAUGAAACACCUGAAGGACCCUUGCCAAGAAUGGAUUUUGAUGGAUUUGGCACAGCGGCUUGCUAUUCUUUGUACAGCAGAGUCAAUAGCCGUCUGGAUCCGAACUAUAUAACGAAAAGAAUAUUGAAAAGCACUACUGAUUGGUUUACAUUACAUCCUCGGGAAACUGAAGUUUUAUACCCUAAUUCUGAACCCGGAAUUGUUUUUUCCAUUCAUUCACCUUUCGAAGCUGUAAAUCCUUUCGAAAAUGGAAUUUUUCUGAAACCUGGACAUCUCUACCAUAUAUCAGUACAAAUGAUGAAAGAAGAGCUUCUACCAUAUCCGUACAACACUGACUGCAUAAAUUAUACAGACUUAUGGUUAAAUGCCAAUAGAACUGGGCCACGAUCUCAAGAGAUGUGCAGACAUCGAUGCUUGCUGGAUUUUACAGAACACUGCUUUAAUUGUACACAUAUCUACAUUUUAUAUCCUUCCAGUGGAAAGGAGUUCUGUAAUUUUAAUCCUGGAUUACCACGAAAUUCAACAACAGAAAGAUGCAAAGAUUGGAUUGAGUACAUUACUCCGUGUUUCAGCAGUUGCAAAGAAGCUUGUUCGAGAAUGAAGUACUUUUAUCAAGUUCAAGAAUCCUUUUCUAAAAAAUACGAUAGUCAUAAUGAUACAAGCAAGUUAGAGCGUGAAAUUUUAGUAACAGUUCAGUUUGAAGAUUCAGAAAUUAUGAAAAUACAAUACAAAGCACAGUUUCAGCAAGUAGAAACUUUUAGCUACAUAGGCGGAUUCAUUGGAAUAUGGUUAGGAGUUUCUCUAGUCCAAGUCGCAGAUGUGAUUGAGUCUUUCUUUCUCAUUGGCAGAUACAUUUUUAAGAAAGGACCUUGUUCAAAGAAAUCUGAUUCAAAAACAUGAAGUGUAAUAGUGCAAUCUAUUUCACAUAACAUAAUAUUCAACUGAACGUUUAAAAUGUACUUCUGCAUUAUUGUCGACAUUCAUUGAUAUAAGAUGAAUUUUUUGAUUCUGUUUGUUAGAAUUAUGUUAAUUCUUUCGAUGAAUAAAAUUGUAACAUCAUCCUGAGUAAUAAAUUAAAAAGAAUGUA